CAAACAAAUAUCUUGUGGUCAAUCAUCUGUUUCAGUUGUCUGGAUACUACAAUUUUUCGUGUACCAUUUAACAAUUCUGACAAUUUUUUCCAAGUUUUUUUGGGGAAAUUUUCACUAAGCCGAGUUCUUUCUUCACCAUUUUGGUCCUCUCUCCCAUUUUCUUUUCUCUGUUUCAUAUAAAAAUUCUGGGAAAAUCUGUUAACACCAUUUUCAUUUCUGGUUCUGGGUUUGAUCAUUCGAUUUCUGAAAUGGCGACACUUGCAUCAAAUCUCGUCUGUAUCGGAAAAGUAAAGGGGUUGCAGAUAAAUUGCAAGAAGAAAGAGAGAGGAAGAGAUCAAAGCAAUUAUCCAUACAAAGUAAUUGAAAUAACUCCUCCACCUAAAUCUCUUGGCGUUCGUUGCCUUCCUCAUAAUCUGCAGUGCGGAGAGAACGUGAUGAUAGAAGGGCAAACGUACACAAUCUCGGCAGUGACUCAUCGGUAUCAGCUCCGGAAAGGUAAGUACGAGCCGAGUGAGAGGCGGCUCGAUGUUCUCUCCGCCGCUAGAUACGUCUUAAACCUUUAUUUCGACAAUUUGCUCCAAAAUUCUUAAAACCUCUUCUUUUUUUAAUUAUUUUCUUACCCACCAAAACAUUGUAACCUGUACGAUGAUGGAUCAUUGUCAUAGUCAUGGACCCAUGUAGAUGGUAAAAUCUUGUAUAAAUAUUGUUGUUAAG